AUGUGCCGCUGCAGCACGGACCGACUGAAGGCGGCCGCCUCUCUGCCAGGAAACAUCUCGCCAGAAAUGGCACAGGUGGGUCGGCUGCAUUUGGGUUCCGGGCAGGUUGUUGGUUUAAUAAAAAUACCAAUGGCUUCCUCAAAGCUGAUGGAUCUCUUGAUAGUUUUGAUAGGACGAUAA